UAUGCGACAGCAAACCAACAUGGCCUAUAGGCUGUCUUGAUAUUAUACCAACUUUCCAUAACAUUGCAAUUUAGCCUUGUUAUCUUAUUAUCAACUAUGUAUCUUUGGGGACGCGAUCAAGAUGGAGGUUGGUCCGGAGGGAGGCCACCAACAAAUAGCCGUGGACCUGGCAAUUCUAACCAGGCCAGCAUUUUGAUUCAAAUGUCUGCACAGGAGAAGAUGAUAGCAGAAAAAAAGCGUCAGAUUCAAGAAAAAUUGGCUAAGGCACAAAUGAAACAAUCCGAAAAAUCCAAUACCGAUCCAGGCGUUCAAAUGAAACCGACAAUGCCGCUGUUUGGAAGGCGUCCAGGUGUAGGAUUAAAGGGUAAGCCAGCAAGGGCUGUUCCUGUCUUGAAGUCUGGGGUAAUUCCAAAGAAAACAGUUGCGAGUGAACCAAGUGAAACAAGCACUUACUUUGCUGAGCUAACAAGAUUGCAGCAAACACCAAUGGCAAAUACAGCAGUUCCAGGAAAGAAGGUGCAGAGUGCUGCUCUCCUUGAGGCUGUCAGGGCUCGGGCCAGAUUUGGUAACAUCACCGGAGAAAGUGAACCACCACCACAACCACCCCACAUGUCCUUUCCACAGCCAGAAGCACAUUACAGACGUGCACGAUCAGAAUCUCGAUCCAGGUCAAGGUCAAGGUCCAGAUCUAGAUCCAGGUCAAGGUCAAGGUCCAGAUCUAGAUCUGCAUCUAGGUCAUAUAGCAAUUCCUCCAGUAGUCGUAGCAGGAGUCGACGCCGAAGUAGAGGGAGGAAACGAAGUCACAGUAGUAGAAGCAGCAGUAGAAGCAGAAGCAGGAGUUCCUCACGGAGCUCUAGUUAUUCCCGAAGCAGGAGCCGGAGUCGAAGUCGCCACAGUCGAAGCAGAAGUCGUGAUCGGUAUCAGCGCGUCCGUGACAGAGAUCAUGGAGGGUAUCGAGAUCAGGGCAGAAGAGACUAUGACAGUCAGAUUAACAAGAAACAGGAGAGAUUCCAAGAAGCCUAUGACCCUUCUGCACCCACUGAGGAUAGUCCAGUGAAACAUGAAAAAAUAGCGUUUGGGGAUCCUGAAAGAAAUUCCCCUCUGAUACCAGUAGCCUUCUCGGUGGGUCAUGGCACUGGUAACGUCCAGCACAGACCGCCACAAGUGAGCCUGCCAACACCUCCUGUAGGGCAAUAUGGGACACCCGUAGAGCCUAUGGUGAAAAAGGAGAAGCUAUCAGAUGUGUUUGAUCUGCAACCCGCAUCUCCAGCAACAGUCUUACCACCAGACAACCCCGUACACGAGAGGCCUGUGACAGACUGGCAGUGCAGAUUGCUGAGGGUACUCCAGAACUGGAGGAGGUCUUCAGAGAGCAAUACAGAAGUCAGCAUGCCAAAUACUACUUUUUAUAUGACACCUCAUGUGAGGCAUACAAGUAUUUUCGUCAAAAGAUCCAGGAAGUGUACCGAUUGUCCGCAGAUACAGGCAAUGCAGCUGACACAGAAGGAGACAAAGAUGGUACAGACGACAGGAAGCCUUUGAGGAGAAAGAAGCGUAGUCGAUGGAGUGAGGAUGCUGGUAGUGGUGUAGGACCAGCCCUGCCUGUACCAGGUGUUGCUAAUCCAGUUCUGGGUGCCCC